AUGCUAUCGUCGUUCUUGGCCCUAACUCUGACAAUGAUGUACUUGAACCACAGCUGCAGCGCGAAGAGCAUUCCGUCGAUAUCACCUGAAAAAAAUGGUUUGGUUGCCAAUUCAUGGAGGAUGCUCCAGAAUAGUAAAUACGAAAGAGAUAACCUUAUUUGCCUCUCAACUGGUUGUGUGAAAGCUGCGGCUUCCUUAAUCAACAACAUGGAUCAAUCAGUAGAUCCAUGUGAUGAUUUCUAUCAGUUUGCGUGUGGUAAUUUUAUAAAAAACACAAUUCUCAAUGAUGGCGAAAUCAAACGAAACUCAUUCACUGUGAUUAAAGAAGCGAAAUUAAACCAGAAGCGAAUGAUUGUUACCGAACCCAUUCAACUGGACGAACUGAGACCGUUCAAGAUGAUGAAAUUACUGUUUAAAUCGUGCAUGGACCAAGAACGAAUCGAAAAGUUAGGCUUGAGACCGAUCAAGGAAAUGUUGAAAAGCAUCGGUGGAUGGCCGGUGCUGGAAGCCGAGAAAUGGAACGAAUCGAAGUUCACGUGGAUGGACAGUAUGUACAAGUUAAUUUUGCCAAACAAGGUACAAUUAAUAAUGUACAUCUUGGAUUUAUCGGUUGGACCAGAUAUUAAAGCAUUGAAAGCAAAUAUUCUGUAUCUGCGCCCUGCGUUCUUGGGACAUCCACGGGAGUACCUGAUUCAGGGCAAAGAUCACGAUUCCGUGGACAAAUACUACAGGUACAUGGUGGACAUCGCGGUGCUGUUUGGAGCUGACCGGCCGAGGGCCACCGAGGAGCUGAGGGAGUCAUUGGACUUUGAGAUAGAAUUAGCCAAGAUAUCGAUGCCAGAGGAAGAGCAACAGGACAUAGAUAAGCUAUACAAGCCGAUGAAAAUCGCCGAUCUACAACAAAAGUUCCCAAGCAUACCAUGGCAAGACUUUCUUAACAAAAUGUUGAACCAAUUCAUAAGACAGGACGAUAUUAUAAGUGUGACUUCGCUGAAAUACUUUUCGGGCUUGGAACUACUACUCAGCAAAACGCCCAAAAGGGUCCAAGCGAAUUACGUGAUUUGGAGAUAUGUGGUUGAUUCCUUAAGUUAUCUUACAGAAGAACUGAGAAAAAGACAGAUUAUGUACAGGGAAUAUGAUAUAACCCAACCCCGAUGGAAGGAAUGCGCAGAUAUCAGUACUGAAUUGUUUAAUUUAGCUAUUCAGUCUUUAUACGUUAGACGGUUUUUCAACGAAAACGCUGAACAGAAUGUUAUAGAAAUGGUGAAUGGUAUCAAGGAGGAACUGUAUAAAACAAUAUCGUCAAAUGUGUGGAUGGACGAUAAAACAAGGAAAAAAGCGAUGGACAAAGCAAAGGCAAUGACACACACUCAAUACUUUGAGCUAUUGGAUGAUAGCAAGUUGAUUGCGUAUUAUGAAAAUUUGGAAGUCAACGAUCAAGACUUUUAUACAUCACUAUUGAAUUUGACUAAAUUUAGCAUUGACUAUGAGUUUUCGAGUUUAAGGAAACCUGUUAAUAUAUCGGAGUAUUUGUAUCGCAAUGGUUUCCUAACAGUGGCAAAUGGGUUCUAUAUACAAAUGGAAAACAAAAUCAUACUUCCUACUGAUAUCUUGCAAGGUGCGUUCUUCUCUAACGAUCGUCCCCAAUACAUGAUUUACGGUGGAAUUGGAUUUGUAAUUGGUCACGAGAUCAUUCAAGGUUUUCAUAACGACGGCCGAAACUAUGAUAUGAAUGGCAACAUGGUAGACUGGUGGACGGAGGAGACGAAUAAACGCUUUUUGGAGAAGGAAAAGUGUUUCAUCAGUCAAUAUGGAAAUUAUACUUCUCAUGAAGUCGGUCUCAAGGUGAACGGCACUCAAACACUGGGUGAAAAUAUCUCCGACAAUGGAGGCUUGAGCAUAGCAUAUAACGCGUACAGAGAGUGGGCCAAAGGACAUGGAGUCGAACCGCGAUUGCCCGGGCUCCAAGAGUACACGCCUCAGCAGAUGUUCUGGUUGAGCAAUGCCAAUGCGUGGUGUGCCAAGAAUCAUAUGAUUUAUGAAGAGUAUGUGAUCCAAUACGACAAACAUUCGCCCAUCCGUUUCCGGAUCAACGGCCCGUUCUCCAACAUGAAAGACUUCAGCGACGACUUCCGGUGUCCUCUAGGCUCCAACAUGAACCCCGCCAAGAAGUGCCAGUUGUGGUGA